GUAUCAACGUAACUUGGGAUGACAUGUGAGUGAGUGGCCCUGGUCAAGCUUUCACACAAAACCAACAUGACGAGUUUCCUCAAUUAUGUGUUCGGCCCCAAUCUCUAUAUGGAAUAUAAGGGAGUGGCAGAGCCGCAGCGUAAAAUGUAUGAGGCCGGAGCAGCCGAGAAAUUUGGUGAACAAAUUCUUUCAACCCUGUCUGUUAUGUGGUCAGUAGGAUACUACACAUCGCCAUUGCUUGUCACAUUUCUCUAUAGACGUGGGUACAUCGUUGCCGAUUCCAUGCCGACCAUAGCUAAAAUCACCACUAGUGUGGGUCUCAUUGUUAUUAUAUCGCUGUUUAUGCGGGGACUCGGUCGUAAACAGUCACGAGCGUAUUCGAAUAUGAUAAAGGCAUUGGCUCAGGCCAGAAGCAGCAAGUCAUCUGGAAACGGUAACAACGAGCUGCGACGCUUUGAUAUUGAGUUCAGUGCGUGGCCAGUUGAUUUCGAUGUAAAGACAUUGACAGGGGAUGCUAAGAAACCAACACAAUCUGUGGGUAGGCGGGAGGCUAUAUCGCUAGCCACUCUACCAUGCGAGCUAUUAGCGUAUAUUGCUAUUCAUACAUUUGGUUUGCCUAUGAUAUAUCCAGGUUCGGUGAAGCUCAUACAAAAAUUUAUGAAACCGAUGCUGAUAUCGGGACGCGCAAAACUUAUUGACGACGAUAAUGGCAUACGUUACAAGGUAAAAACCAUAGACUCAAACGAGAUUGACACGCUUUUCAUUGACAACCGCAAUGACAACGAAGGUAAUGGAAAAACCCUUGUCAUUUGCUCGGAGGGUAACGCUGGAUUUUACGAAGUAGGAAUUAUGGGCACACCCAUUGCUUUAAAAUUCUCAGUACUUGGCUGGAACCAUCCGGGAUUUGCCGGUAGCAGUGGUAAACCGCAUCCGCAACAGGACCAAAACGCAAUUGACGGGGUUAUCCAGUUUGCCAUUAAUCACCUCGGUUUUUUGGUGGAGGACAUAAUAUUGUAUGGCUGGAGUAUUGGAGGGUUCAGUACUUUAUAUGCCGCUUCCAUUUAUCCGGAUGUUAAAGGCGUAGUUUUAGACGCCACAUUUGACGAUGUCUUGUACUUGGCCCAGCCUCGAAUGCCUUUGUGCCUUAGUGGCAUUGUUCGUAUUGCUAUUCGCAAUUAUUUUAAUCUUAAUAAUGCUGAGUUGGCCGUCAAAUAUAACGGUCCAGUUUCGCUAAUACGUCGCACUGAUGACGAAAUAAUUGCCGAGGACAACCGUAUUGAAACAAAUCGUGGCAAUUUCUUGGUUUUAUCCCUGCUGAAAUACCGUUAUCCGAAUAUAUUCAAUGUAGUGCAAUUAUCUAAGAUGAAUAAUAUAUUGGCAAAACCAUUGGAGCCAUAUAAUAUUCCUGGCAUCGAAGAGAAAAAAUGCAUGUCGCGCCUUAUUACAUAUGCUUCCGAUGAGGGAAAAUCGUUUCCUAUGCUGAUCGGGGCCGAGUAUUCGGACGAGGUGCGCACACAAAUGGCAGUAUUCUUGUUGCGCAAGCACUUACGAGACUAUAACUCCACACAUUGUACCCAGCUGCCAGGAGAAUUUUUCAACAUUCCGUGGGAUAUACCAACCGAAAGUGGAUUCGUAUUUACUUAAUCGUCAUUGUUUUUAAGAGGAAGAGGGAACAAAGUAUAUUUUUUUGUUUUGCAUUUGGCUGCAUAUUUAAUUAAUCUACCAAUUUAGUCAACAUGAUGCAAUAUCUGACACUACAAAAUAAAUAAUGCAAAACUCAAA